AAUCUACGAUAACUCAUCAAAUCAAACAAACUAAAUCAUAUGGAGAUCAAAGCCAAAUUCAUUUCUCCUUCAUCAUUUUCAUUCCCAAUAUCAUUGAUCCAAAUCUUUGCAAUAGGCAGCUGCCUAGUAAUAAUUACAUCCAAAGCUUAUGCUAAUUAUCCAAACAUCAAUACAGACCAAUCAGCCCUUGUUGCUCUAAAAUCCCACAUCACAAAUGACCCAUUUGGCAUUACAACAAACAAUUGGUCAACAACAACCUCAGUUUGCAAUUGGGUUGGCAUAGAAUGUGGUAGAAAACACAAUAGAGUGACAAUUUUGAAUUUUUCUUUUAUGGGUCUUACUGCUUCAUUUCCUCCUGAACUGGGAGCUCUGUCUUUCCUCACUUACAUUACCAUAAAAAACAAUAGCUUUCAUGGUCCAUUGCCUAUUGAGAUACUCAAUUUGCCUCGCUUGAAAGUGUUUGAUAUUGGAAAUAAUGAGUUUAGUGGAGAAAUUCCGGCGUGGUUGGGGAAACUGCCUAGAAUAGAAAGAUUGUUGCUUUAUGGUAAUCGUUUCUAUGAUUCCAUUCCUGUAUCCAUUUUCAACUUGACUUCUCUACUCACCCUUAGCCUUCAAAAUAAUCAGCUUUCGGGAGGAAUACCAAGAGAAGUUGGAAACAUGACUAUACUUGAAGAUUUAUUUCUUGAUGGGAAUCAGCUCACAGAAAUCCCAUCGGAGAUCGGAAAACUUGGAAGAUUGAAGAGAUUGAACUUGGAGAGUAAUUUAAUCUCAGGCCCAGUUCCAGGGGGGAUCUUCAACCUUUCGUCUCUCAUCGCAUUGGAUCUAACAAGAAAUAACUUCACCGGGGGGUUACCGGACGACAUUUGUGAAAAUCUUCCGGCGUUGAAAGGCUUGUAUUUGUCCGUUAACCACCUCUCCGGCAGACUUCCGUCGACGCUGUGGCGGUGUGAAAACAUUGUGGAUGUAGGAAUGGCAGACAAUGAGUUUACAGGAAGUAUACCCACAAAUUUUGGGAACUUGACUUGGGCGAAGCAGAUCGUACUCUGGGGUAACUAUUUGUCAGGUGAAAUUCCUAAGGAGUUUGGUAAUCUUCCAAACCUAGAGACAUUGGUGCUGCAAGAGAAUCUUUUGAAUGGCACAAUACCAUCAACAAUCUUCAACCUUACAAAACUAAGAAUUAUGUCACUAUUUCGAAACCAACUUUCUGGAACUCUCCCACCAAAUCUUGGCACUAACCUUCCAAAUCUUGUCAUGCUCUUUCUUGGUGAAAACGAACUCACAGGAUCCAUUCCUGAAUCCAUCUCCAAUGCUUCCAUGCUUUCAAAAUUUGAUCUUUCACAAAACCUCUUUUCUGGACCCAUUUCCCCUGCUCUUGGCAACUGUCCAAGCCUCCAAUGGCUCAAUUUGAUGAACAACAACUUUUCCACUGAAGAAUCUUCUUCUAGAACAAGCAUCUUCAACUUUCUAGCCAAUUUAACCACAUUGGUAAGGCUAGAGUUGUCAUAUAAUCCUCUAGAAAUCUUCUUCCCAAAUUCCAUUGGGAACUUCUCUGCUUCUGUAGAAUAUCUUUCAAUGGCAGAUGUUGGAAUCAUGGGUCAUAUUCCUGCAGAUAUUGGUAACUUAAGAACACUGACAGUUCUUAUAUUAGAUGACAAUGGAAUUAAUGGAACUGUUCCACCUUCCAUCGGAAAACUAAAACAACUUCAGGGUUUAUAUCUUCGUAACAAUUACUUAGAAGGAAACAUUCCCAUUGAGUUAUGUCAGCUAGAUAAUUUGUUUGAGUUGUUUUUGGAUAAUAAUAGCCUUUCUGGAGCAUUACCUGCUUGCUUUGAGAAUCUCUCAUAUUUAAAAACUUUAUCUUUAGGCUUUAAUAACUUCAAUUCUACAGUGCCUUCUUCUUUGUUCAAACUUUCUAAUAUCUUGAGCUUGAACCUUUCAUCAAAUCUUCUUACUGGAUCUCUCCCAAUUGAUAUUGGGAAUGUAAAGCUUAUGUUAGAUUUGGAUGUCUCAAAGAAUCAACUUUCUGGUCAAAUCCCAAGUAGCAUUGGAGACCUUACAAAUUUGAUUGGUCUCUCAUUAUCAAGGAAUGAGCUCGAAGGAUCUAUUCCUAAUUCAUUUGGGAAUUUGGUUAGUUUGAGAGUUUUGGACUUGUCCAACAAUAACUUAACAGGAGUAAUUCCAAAGUCUUUGGAGAAGCUUUCUCUUCUUGAGCAUUUUAAUGUCUCAUUUAAUCAAUUAGUAGGAGAAAUUCCAGAUGGGGGUCCUUUUUCUAACCUCUCAGCUCAGUCAUUCAUGUCAAAUCCUGGACUUUGUGCUGAUUCUUCUAAAUUUCAAGUUCAACCUUGCACAAGAAACUUAUCUCAAGACUCAAAGAAGAAAUCAAAUAAACUGGUAAUUAUCCUUGUACCUACCUUGUUAGGCACAUUCUUAAUUGUACUUGUACUACUUUUCUUGGCAUUCAGAGGGAAGAGAAAGAAAGAACAAGUACUGAAGGAUGUCCCAUUACCUCAUCAACCCACUUUGCGAAGAAUCACAUACCAAGAACUUUCACAAGCAACAGAAGGAUUUAGUGAAAAGAACCUAAUAGGUCAAGGGAACUUUGGGUCAGUUUACAAGGCAACACUCUCAGAUGGAACAAUUGCUGCUGUGAAGGUAUUCAAUUUGCUGAGUGAAAAUGCACAUAAGAGCUUUGAAAUAGAGUGUGAGAUAUUGUGCAAUGUUCGUCAUAGAAACCUUGUAAAAGUUAUAACAAGCUGCAGCAAUAUGGAUUUCAAAGCAUUGGUAUUAGAAUUCAUGCCAAAGGGUAGUCUUGAGAUAUGGUUAAAUCAUUAUGAGUAUCAUUGCAACUUGAAUACGGUUGAGAGAUUGAAUGUCAUGAUAGAUGUAGCUUUAGCUCUUGAGUAUCUUCAUUAUGGAUUUGGAGAACCUAUAGUUCAUUGUGAUCUGAAGCCUAGCAAUAUACUGUUGGAUGAAGAUAUGGUUGCAUACGUGACAGAUUUUGGGAUUUCGAAACUCUUGGGUGGAGGAGACUCUAUAACCCAAACUAUGACCCUUGCAACUGUGGGAUACAUGGCCCCAGAGUUAGGAUUGGAUGGGAUUGUCUCAAGAAGAGGUGAUAUCUAUAGCUAUGGUGUUUUGCUUAUGGAAACAUUCACAAGAAAGAAGCCUACAGACCAAAUGUUUUGUGGGGGAGAAAUGAGCUUAAGAGAAUGGGUGGCCAAAUCAUAUCCUCACUCAAUAACUGAUGUUUUUGAAGAUUCUGCUUUGCUUACAAAGAAUGAUGAAACUUUGAAGCAUAGGACUGAAAUUGAAUGUCUGACAUCUAUUAUAUCAUUGGCCUUGUCUUGCACAGUGGAAUCGCCAGAGAAGAGACCAAGUGCCAAACAUGUUCUUGACUCACUCAACAACAUCAAGACAGCUUUUAUGAAAUAUGAAAGAUCCUAGGGUUGGAUAUUGAUCCCUAUUUUCAAUAAUCUUCAACCUAUGGGAAUAAGGGAUAGUUUGGAUUUGGAUUGUUUUUGUUUAUAAAGUGCUUUAGUCACAUGUUUGGAUUUUGCUCUAUUUAUUUGAUUUUUAAAAAGAAGUUCAAACUAUUUUUCAUGAAUAAAACAUAAUUAAAUAAAUUAAGUUAGGUAGGAAGUCCUACUUUGAAGUGAA